AUGGCAUCAGUAUCCCAGAACGGCACCGGCACCUCCACCCCCUCCGUCGGCGACCCCACCUCCGACUCCUUCUCCGUCUGUGUCUUCUGCGGCGCCAACGCCGGCACCUCCCCCUCCUACAUGACCGCCGCCACCGCCCUCGCCACCACCCUCCACGCCAACAACUGGUCCCUCGUCUACGGCGGCGGCACCGUGGGCCUCAUGGGCACCAUCGCACGCACACUCCGCUCCCUCGGCGGCAACGUGCACGGCAUCGUCCCGCAAGCACUCGUAGCCUUCGAGCAGGGCGGCGCCACGCCCGACGAGGCCGAGUACGGCAAGACCACCAUUGUCAACGACAUGCACACUCGCAAGAGCAUGAUGGGAAAACUGUCCAAUGCGUUUGUCGCGCUCCCGGGGGGGUUCGGGACGAUGGAGGAGCUAUUUGAGGUGGUUACUUGGAACCAGCUGGGCAUUCAUGCGUGUCCUAUUGUGCUGUUCAAUGUGGAUGGGUUUUAUGAUGGGCUGCUGGCGUGGGUGAGGAGUGCUGUGGAGGCGGGGUUCAUUAAGCCCGGUGCUCAGGGAAUCAUUGUUGAGGCGAAGACGGCGGAGGAGGUUGCGGAUAGGAUCCGGGAUUAUGUCCCGGCGUCUGGGAGAAUGAAUCUCAAUUGGGGCUUGGAGUAG